GCCUGCAGCAUCGGGGCAUGCACCUACUCAGUACAUUAAUGGAUGGCCAAAACGAGCAAUAUGACAAAUACGGUUCUAACAUGAAACUUUUUAAUUUUCAAGUGUCAGCGCGAUCGGCUACAGAAGCCACCGUUUGUUAUCUCUUAAAAAUAAUACAAGAACAGUACGCUUGUAUAUUGUCGCAGAAAUAGAUAAAUUUGUGAACUAGAUUGAGUUCUAUUGUACAGUCAAAUUAAGAAAUGUUGAAAAAAAACAUCAUCUAUUUACCAAAAUAUAGUUCAAUUUGGCACUAAUAAUUGUUCGUGCACCUCCGGAUUAAUCGAUUAUACUCGCAUCUGUUUGUCGCAUCAACUGCAGGAAUUUUCCGAUUACCGCCGACUGACUCGUUUGAUUCUUAGUUUAUUUAUUAAUUUAAUUUAUCCAGUUAUUAUAUAUGUAAAUAAAAAUUUGCAUCAACGUGCACAGUGUCAACUAUAUUAGAUAUCGCCUUGCAGUCGAUGCAGAUUGUGAUCGUCUCUAUCGCGGAGUCCUUCGGGGUCGCGGGUAUAAACAGAUGGGCGUGCUUCGUGCGAGAAAUCGGAAGAACCGUUCAUCGCAAGCCGUAUACCUCGAUCGCGUCCGUUGUACUGGUAUACAGGUUCGGUUCUAUUUCAGUUGACACUGCAAACUCGCCGGGGUAACACAUCGCGCUCGCGGAUUCCUUUCACAAACAAUCAUCAAACCUCUGUUAUUGUGCUGUAAUCAACGGUUCAUCGCGUUUAAUUAUCGUGCAUUCUUAUUUACAGUGAGGAAAUCUUCUUCGUUUCUAUUCUGACAAAGCUUUCAUUUCAGGAACUGAUAUCAAGAGUCAUCCAGAAAAAAGGACCAUGAGCGUUUGUGGUCGGUCCAACCACGGCCUAGCCACAGUAUUGUUGUUGGCUUUUCUCGGCACGCAAACCACGUCAGCUAUCGAUAAUCUGCGUGUUGCUCAUCAAUGGAAAUCUCUGGAAUAUGCAUGGCCUGAUGAAGAUACUCGGCAGCUUUUCCCCGCUUAUAAUCGCGAAGACAAUCUUCCGCUCGGCCUCGAAGUCGCGGGUGACAAAUUGUUCAUCACGGUACCAAGAUGGCGAUCCGGCGUUGCGGCCAGCCUCAAUUACAUUAAAUUGAACGACACCAGCGAGUCGCCGUUACUGAACCCGUAUCCAUCCUGGGAGGCGCAUCAUUACGGAGCGGCUGGAGUACCGGAAGUUGUAUCAACCUUCCGGAUCCGGGCCGACCGCUGCGGUCGUCUAUGGGUCCUGGAUACUGGGCUUGCUGACAUCCUCGGUAGUCCGGAACAGCAGGCUCCACCAACUCUUGUCGUCUACGACCUGGCCAAUGACCAGAUACUCCGGAAGUUCGUUAUUCCAGAGAUGCAAAGAACGGGGGAAUCUCUGUUUGCGAAUAUCGCAGUCGAGGAUGAAUCCUGCGAGGAUUCUUUCGGCUACCUUGCUGAUCUGGGGAGCCCCGGCCUCGUUGUUUAUUCCUGGCGUCGUAACGUUUCAUGGCUCGUCAAGCACCACUUCUUUCACCCUGAUCCUCAGAGUGGUGAAUUCAACGUCUCUGGUGUAUCCUUCCAAUGGAAAGAUGGUCUCUUCGGUCUCGCGCUGGCUCCUGCAGCCGACGGUUACAGCACACUAUACUUCCAUCCGCUAUGUAGCACCAUGGAGUUCUCUGUCAACACGAGGCUACUCCGAGACCCUGAGCGAGCGAUGAUGCCAGAUAGCUUCCACGAAUUCAAGGUGCUCGGGUCCAGAGGACCAAACGGCCAAAGUAGCGUCAGUUUCUUGGAUCCAAGUACUGGAAUCCUCUUCUACGCUUUGACCAAUUUGAACGCGAUCGCUUGCUGGAGAUCCGGAGGCAAAUAUAACAUCCUUGAACAGGGCCGCGUUUAUAUGGACAACGUCACGAUGGUCUUCCCUAACGAUCUCAAGGUUGAUCGUCAGGGCAACAUUUGGGUUCUCUCGGACCGGCUCCCGACAUUCAUGUACGGUCAGCUCGACCCCAACGACUACAACUUCCGGAUCUUGACCGGUUCCGUGCGGGAAGCUGUGGCAGGAACCGUUUGCUCCAUGCCCCCUAUAACGUCGUCUUCACGAUCCCCGCCGAUUUCGUCAACGACGCCAAAAGUUGGCGUUCGAAUUGCCGGACCAUUGGGCACGGGCAGCGGUCAGUCGACAAACGUAUCGUCGACUUUGGUCCUCCUACUGGCGCUCGCUUUAUUUGCCAAAAUCAUUUUUUAGAUGCAUGUGUGUACGUACGAUGGGAGGCUCUCAACCGCUCAUAGCUAGAUCGUUUUUACGCUCACAUUUUUAUACGUAGCGCUCGAGAGUACUCAUAUAUGAUUCCUUGCUCAGGUCUUUCCUAAUUCUUUGUGCAACGUUAUUCACCGACCGCGGAGUCUAUGAAUGUGGUGCUGACAACUCCGCUGUUCACCCUAGUAGACUGAAAAUAAUUGAACAAUUUCACUUUUUUCUUCAACAUUAUUUCGCGUAAGAAUAUAUCGAAUCGUUGAGAAUGUCGAAUUGAUUAAUUUAGUUUUUGUUUACUGCGACUGCUUCCUCGACGGCCCCAGUGCCAUAUCAGGACGUGAUUAAUUUAAACUACACGUGAACCUUGCCGCAUUGGCAUUUUCAAUAUUAUAUAGUAAUGCAGAAAAAUAAACACAGUGUAUGUACCUUAUAGUAUACCCUGCGUAUACGAAUAUGAUUUUAUUGUAGAACAAGGUCGGCCUUGUUACUGUACAAUAACCCAAUAACUGACAACUGGUUUUACAACAUAAUAAUGAAAAUAAAUAUUGUAUUAGUUAUUACUAUUA